AUGGCGACCCGGACGUGCGAAAUCGCCAUACCUGGUGACACACUCAGGAAGAAGAGCCACAGGUUCGGAAAGAACAACAUUCCAUCUACCCUAAUUCUUAACCCAGAAAGCAUUCCCGAAUUACCAGUGAGGGAACGGCUGCAGUACUGGGUGCAAGAGAAUGACAGCAAAAAGGCGCCAAAGAUGCUUUCAGACGCCAAUCUUUACGGCACCAUGUCCAAUAAUAUGAGUCGCACUCAGGUCUCGAAAGCCACAAAUCUGAGCAACCUAAAAGCUGGGCCAGUUGGUUCCCAAACUGGCUCUGCCAUGGAAUUCAAUCUUGAGCGUGAUGAGCAUUCAAUUGUGGGCACAGAUACAGCGAAACCGGGCGAUCUAGUUGAGCUUCGAACUUCCGGCUCUCGCAUGCCACUUUUGGCAAUCUAUCUCGGCUACUAUGGAGAGCGAAACCACUUCUACGCUUCCAACGGUAGCUGGAAUAUAUCUCGAGGCUUCUCUUCGCUCUUUACCGUGUCAAAUUUUGUCAAGCCCGCAGAACUGAAACCCGUACUAUCGCAGCUAUCGGCAGAUUUGACUGUCGAAGACUUUGAAAAGAUGAAGGAGGAGGAAAGCGGGCCGUCGCGAGAAGAUGCCAAAGUCUUGAUCGAGAAGAUGGAUGCUUUUCGGGCCGAGGCCGAGGCUGCCUAUCAGCGAAAUCUAGCAAGCCUCGACGCUGCACACAAGGUACUCUCUUCUACUAAUCGUGUUCGCUAUAUGAGUUUGUUCCAGAUGGCCAACGCGCUGCUUCCCGAAUCGAUGCAAGUGGAUGGGGAGGUCCCGACAGCAGCCCUGUACGCUGUGCAUUUGGCCUUGACCCGCCAUGAAUUCGGCUUCCAGCCCAUCAGCUCCUCUCGUGCGCUCCACAGACGAGAUCAGCUAUACGAAGUCUUCCCACCUGACCAGACUAGCAUCGUCGAAAAGGUAGCCCUGCUGGUGCGACAAUACACGGUUGUCAUGUCCAAGAGUAUGCUCACAGGCAGCGAAGCCGAGUUAAGCAAAACAGCAUUGAGCAAAUUCAUUGACCAGGCCCGCACGGCUGUGCAAAACAGCCGCAAGAUCCGCGAUAUUACCCCGUACGGAAUUUUGAAGCCAUCCAAUGGCGGUACAAUCCCUAAACUGGAAUGGAUGCCUGUUAGCAAAGAUGUGAUUCAAUUUCUCGAGCUUUGGGCAAGCUAUGGGCUCUUUGAAUCAAGUGCAAGACUGCAUUCCAACGGGGCCAUGAUCUUGAGGGCACUUGGGGUGUACGACAACAUGCCCCUCAACCAGUCAACGGCAUGGACAUUUCUGCAAGAGAUUGGGCACAUCAUGCCGUGGGAAAUCCCAUCUCGGUACAAAGUGCGUUUUCCUGGCACCAAAAUCGUGCCGGGCGCAGGAUUGAAGCGUGAUGAGCCAAGCAUUGAGGCGUCGAGGAGGCCCGAUAUUGCGGCCGGCGCCCGCCAAGAUGUUACUGCUCCAGUGUUUUGCAUCGAUGGCACGAGUACAAGGGUAAUUGAUGAUGGCAUCUCGGUGGAACGGACUGGCAAUAAGGACGAGUUCUGGAUCCACGUACACGCAGCUGACCCGGCAUCUGGCAUCAAACCAAACUCGGAACUUUGCAAAUACAUGGAGCUUAUCCCGGACAAUAUUUAUCUUGCUGGCCACUUUCAAGCUAUGCUGCCAGCUGAGCUCGGCAGCGAUGAAGGCGACUACGCAUCGAAGAGCCUCGUGGAGGAGUACUCUUUAAAGAAAGACUGUCCAGCGCUUACUUUCAGCGCCAAGGUGAACCGUCGUGGCGAGGUGCUCGACUACAAGAUUGAGCCGAAUACGCUGCGCAACGUUGUCUACAUGGAGCCAGAGGACGUAUCGCGAUUCUGUCUAGAGCCACGUCGGAAACUUGCACAAGGCACAGAGCUAGCGGUAGGAGAAAAACGAGCAACUUCCGACGUUGAACCCGGGCGCAAAAUGGUACUCGCCAAAGAUCUAGACCAGGCGCAGCAAGAUGACGUGCUGCUACUUUACGAGCUUACAAAAGCGGUCAAGGAUAAGCGACUUCAAAAAGGAGCAUGGCCAUAUUUUUUCCCGCGUCCGGCAGUCUCUGUACAGUUUGACCCGAGCCCGCCAGCCGCCGGCGCCGACGAGAUUUCGAUUCCAGCCGAUCCUUAUAUCCACAUCGGUAUGGAGUCGAGCAACGGAUCGGCUUUGGUGAGCAAUUCAAUGGUGCUCGCCGGCGAAAUUGCGGCGCGCUGGUGCGCGGACCGACAGAUUAGUGUGCCGUACCGGCGAGAUGCCUACAUGGGCGCGCAUCAUGCCGAGGCGCUGGCCUUUGCGCAGCGGGAACUGUAUCCGCUCAUCGCGCGGGGUAUCGAGCCGAGCAUGUCGCAGCGGGUGGAGCUGGGACGGUUCACGGGAGGCAUUGAGCUCGCGGCGCAGCCUGGGCCGUACUUUUUGCUGGGCCUGGGCAUGUACACCAAGGCGACGUCGCCGCUGCGGCGGUACGGCGACCUGCUGGUGCACUGGCAGGUGCACGCGGCGCUGGCGCACGAGCGGGCGACUGAUGGGCGACGGCUGGCGGUGGACGAGAUGGACGAGGUGCUGGCGUUCUCGCGGCGGCAGCUCGCCGACACGCUGCCGCUGCUGCAGCUGCGCGAGAAGCUCGGACGGGCGGUCAGCCGGUCGGCGUCGGACUGGAUGUUGCUGGCCGUGGCGCGCGCGUGGCGGUACGAUGGGACGCUGCCGUCGCGCAUCGUCUUCACGGUGGACAUGCGGCUGCGCGAGGGCCUGCUCGGCCACCUGGACUUGUUUGGGCUCGACGCCAUCAUGGACGUUGACGGCCUCGACGGGCGCGCGCUCAUCAAGGACGUCGGCAUAGCCGAGCGCUUCGAGGUGGCACUGACCGACGUCAACGUGCACGCAGGCCAGAUCAUGGUCCGGGCACUGCGCCGUCUCAGUCCAACGGCGGCCGCAGCUGAGCAGAGUGUCGACGAUGGCCUGCGGACCAUGGCGCAGUGA